CUGAUACUAUUUCGUUUCUUCUUUUUCCCAAACACACAGGAAAGAAAUGGCGAAAGAAGAACACAAGAAGCAGCCAGACCUAGCACAAAAUGGGGAAAACUUAUUCAGCCCGAGAUUCAAAUCAGUGGCUGCCAUGGCUGGUUGGGACGAGGAGGCCAUUCUUGUAGCUAGUCUCGUUGUUGAAGACACACCGGAUCGGAAUAAGGUCAAGAAGAGGUCCGAUCUGCAGUUCAAGACUCCACCCUCCACCAAUUCAAGAAGGAAACGCAGGGCUCAUAGAAGGAGCCCCAUUUCGAUUCCAAUACUGGUGCUUGAUCUGGAUGAAAAAGAAACUGCCAAGGAAGAGAGUGAACAAAAGAAGGUUGUUGAAAUUGAAGAAAAGAAGAAAAUUCGAGAAAAUGAAUUGAAAUCACAGGAUUCGGUUGUUUCUUGCUCCAAUCCAGCUCUUCCAUGUAUGGAUAAACUUAGAGAGGAGCUUUCUUGCGCGAUUUGUUUGGAGAUCUGCUUUGAGCCUAGCACCACUCCUUGCGGACACAGUUUCUGUAAGAAAUGCUUGAGAUCUGCUGCUGAUAAAUGUGGAAAGAGAUGUCCAAAGUGCAGGCAGCUUAUUAGCAAUGGAAGGUCUUGUAAAGUAAACACUGUUCUAUGGAACACGAUUCAACUACUGUUUCCUCAAGAAGUUGAAGCAAGGAAGGCUGCGGGGGCCUUAAAUAGCAGAGAAGCUGAAAGUGACAGCAAUAUUAGACCAUCUCCAUCAUCAAGCAAUCGCAGAGAUGUAAGUGUGAGAAGAAGAAGAGGACUAUCAUCAAAUCAAGAUGACAAUGAUGCUGCACUGGCAGAAAGACUGCAAAGAGAAGAUCUUGGACGUUUGGUGGGCAGAGAUGGAAGCACAACAACAAGAAGGAGAAGAGGGGCGCCAGCGCUGAGUCAAAAUGAGGAUGCUGCAUUGGCAUUAAGGUUGCAGAGAGAGGAAUUCAUGGGGGCUUUUAGGGAAACCAGUGGCAUAUCUGGGAACUCUCUCACUUUAGCUCGAGCAAACUUGAGAGCAAUGGCAUCCAGAGCCAUCAAUAUUCGUGCACGAGGACGGGCUGUAUAGGAUGUUCAUGCUGCUGAUACAGAGAAGUUGUUUCCAUAUACAACUUCUUAUUGAUAUUGUAAGAGCAUGUCUGGUGUCAGUUGAGAUGUAAAGUGUCCUUACAAUUUACAUAAUUAAGGAUACAUAACUUUUUUAA